AUGACGCAACCACACAACUUUGUUGAACAUUUGGUUUCAUUGAUGGAAAAAACUACGACUCGGAAAAAUGUAGAAGAUGAAAAAUCAUUCAUAAGACAAUUGGUGUUGUUUUCCAAACAAGAUUUAAAUCAAUUAAUUGAAGAUGUUUUAUUUAGAGAAUUGGAACACAUCAUGACAAGUAGCGACACUGUGAGCACAGAGCCAAUUUCACAAAAUCAUCAGAAACAAUCAAAAGUAGACAUGAUUUAUUAUUGUCUGCUGACAUUGAAUGUUCUUUUUGAUGAAACUCAUCCAAAUACUCCACAACAACAUUACAGGUAUUUUAUUGAAAGCGUUUGUUUACCAAUACUUUUCCCCUCAUUCACUGCCACUCAAGCAGGGCCAUAUGGAAACGCUACCUCUUCGUCGACACUCGUUAUGGAAAUGGAUCGAACAAGCCCUAAAGUUCUAUCACUAGCGCUAGAUAUUCUCGUACAAGAUUUAUCACGAGAAAUUCUCAAAAUUGAAGACAAUUCUGACUCAUUCGAGAAAAUUCCACUCUUAAAUUAUUGCAUUUAUACUUUGAGUAGCAGUUUGAAUAGCUCUAUUCAAAAAGAAUCAAAUGAUUCAGAGACAUCUCAGAGCCUCAACAAUGAUGAACAUUCCAUUUCUAAUAUCAUUCUCUUUUCAAAAUAUUUAUUGGAUUGUCAAGAUAUUUCAAAUACCCAAGUCAUGGAACAAUAUUUUGAAAAAUUAUUUGAUCUAUUCAUUAAGAAUCGUGGAGUACUGAAAUUUGGAUUGACACUAUCAUCUCUCCAAACAUGGAAUAUUGACAUUGCAGUGGCAGAAAGAUUAAGAAAGUGUUUCUUCCUGAAUUUAAUGCCACACUUCAUUCAGCACAGUUAUCGAAAUUCCAACAAUUCAAGAGAACACUUGCGUGAAAUUUUGCAGGUGAUUCAAAUUAUGAAUCAAUGCUCCCUGUUGCAAGAUAGUGACACAUUUUUACAAAAUAUUUCUUCCGAUUCAAAAACCAAACAAUUAUUUUUCGAACAAUUAUUGCACGAAUCAUUGAUGCUUCUCUGUCAAUGGUACGAUGAGUUUUUCAAAAUUGAUCUUGAUUCUCAAUCCUUUACCCUAGAUUUGAGACAAUUUGAAUGGAUAUGGGAAAGUAUUUUGGAAAACCUGGUUGUCAAUUCUGAGACAUUUAUUGGAAAGAGAGCUCUCUAUCUCAUCAAACGGCUAAUUCUUGAUACCACCUGUUCGUAUCCGUACAUGUCUAACACAGAGAAACUUUCUUCCUUCCUCACACAACCAAUCAUUCCAAAACAAGUUUUCGAGAAUGUCAAAGCAAGAGAAGCUCAAACAAAAAAGAAACAAGCCAAGAAAACAACUCAACACAACGAAGAGGAAAGCUCACUGUUAAAAAUUCAUGAAAUGAUUCAACAUCAAUGGCAAACAUUUUUCAUGAUUUAUGAAUCUUUAGAGAAUCAUUCUCUCCAUCUAAUCAAGCCUGUUUGGGAAUGUAUAUUUGAACUCAUCCCUAAAAAAACUGAAGAGAAACCAUUCAAGUAUUUUAUUGACCAGAGAUUUGUGAGAGUAUUGUGGAUUCGUGCAAUGAGGCAUGCAAACUUUGCUGUUGUAAAAUUAGUUGUCCAUUCAAUGCUUGAUCUUCACAAUACCAUUGAAGAUCGCGUCUUGAUUACAGCCAAUGACAGCAAUGAAAUUUUGGAGAAGAAUUUACUUUUGGACAAAUCAUUUAUGUGUGGAGAAUUUAUUGACUGCAUUGCAAUGUCAAAGCUUUUCACAACGAAACAAGACUACAUUGGAGAGAAGGUAUUUCUUUUUUUCGAUGCUUAUUUUGCUACUUUAGAAAAGAUUGGGUUGAAGAAGAAGUUUGUACAGGCUUUUAUUGCAAAAAUCGCUUCUGCUAGAUGGUCUAGAGUUGCUCUUUCUUUCUUUUUAUUAAUUCUAGUAAGAAUGAAAUUCUCAUCAGAAAAAGAGUAUUUAGACUUGAGUGAUUUUAGCGCAUUCUGUGAAAAAUUCGUUCUAUUCCAAUUAAGCGAGCAAUCUUUGUGGCUUAAACUAAGAUUGUACAGUUCAGCACUUGACGUCAUUGUAAAUUGUUUCAGUUUCAAGAAACUAUGUGACGAAAAUCCUCAGCAAUUGAUGGACAUUAUUGGAAAAUUAUUUAGCAGUGCUAGUUCUAUCGAUCCGCUAACGUAUUCUUCAGAUAUUGGCUUAUUGAGGCGACUUCGACAUUGGUUUGGCUCAUGCAGAGAGAGUUUUGAGAAGGUUUAUUUGACUUAUAUGCAAUCCUUGCUUAAUCACUUACUAUCAGACACAACCUCCAGUAUCAUGACAUACUCGAGCAUUGAAAAAUUUGCUGCUCUAUUGUAUUUCAUUCCGUGGAAUGAGAAUUCUAUCGAAGAACAGUGUCACACAGUGCUGUCGUUCAAUUUGUCAUUGACUUUUCCUCAAAUGUUAGAAAAACUCUAUACACAUACCCAAAUGGCACAUUCUGUCAAAAUUAGGAUGCUAGAUUUGCUAUCGGCCAUACUAAAUUCAUGCUUGUUUGUCACUACUUGUGACAGCAAAGAACAAUACAUAAUGAAGAAAGUCCAGGACACAAUUUGCUCCAUGAUCUUUACGAGAACCAAUUUAGAAAGUAUAUUAUUGUUCAUCCGAGGAGAGCUAUUGGCCACAUCUUGUACAAGUAUUCAAGAACUGACACAAUUUUACAACCAAAUAUUGAUGGAGAAGAAUUUUACAAUUUUCAAUUAUUCAAAUUAUGAUUGCUUUAAAGGGGUUGUGAAUUGCUUGCUUUGUGUUUCACAAUUUUUACUUGCUCAUCACGAAGACUAUGAAUACUUGCAAAGAGAAAUGCUUUAUCCUCUCUUGACAGAAAUUUCCACUCAUCUAACAAACUAUUUCGGAACUAUAACAAGUGGUAAUUUCCUUUCACUGCUGAUUGAGCAAUCGAUUGGCAAUACAACUAUGGAGGACAGCUCAAGAAAUGAUCAUAUUGGAAUGAUAACCUUGUUAGUGAACAAUAUAACUUUACGGUUAUUGUGUGUCGCCAAGGUGAUCUCCAUUGUUGAGAGUCAUUCGAGGAAUUUUUCCAAAAUUUCACAUCAUCUCAACACUAUAUUACCUAUAUCUUAUUUUAUUAUUCCAUCCUCAGCCUAUGGUUACAAGGAAUUAUUGGGAGAUGACUUUGAUUGGAUCAUGAAACCAAAUUACAUUAUUUCAGAAAUUUGUGACAAAAAAUGGGGAGCUAUCGAAUGUUUAAUGCCUCUGAUUUUCGAAGAGAAACAACAUGAGAUGAACGAAGAGGACAAGCAAAUUCUCAACACCAUUCGUCAUGACAAGGAAUUCAAUGUUGAAUUCCUCGAAAAGUGUAUGGACAGUUUAGACGUUCUUUCGAACGAGACAACUGUUCUCGUCAUUAAUUGCCUGAAAUAUCUCAUUCGAAACAUGUUAAUUCAAAACGAGAAUGGCUUGAACUUUAUUGAAAUUGACAAACUGAAGAGAUGCAUCAAUACUGCUUGGUCCCUUUUGAAAGGAUCUACAGGUGCUGAAGGAGGAACCCAUGGCCACAGAUAUACCAAUGAGCAUGUGAACAUGGCUGCAUUCUUUGAAAUUGUUUUAGAUUUUAAUAUUUGCAAAAAUCCAGCUCUCUAUGAGGCGUUAGAGAUUUCAAAACUUUGCGAAAAGAUUUUCACGGAAUAUGCAAAGAGUGUUGCAAAGCUUGGACUUGUUCUUGGUUUGCAGUUCAUCAAAUCGUUUGCAUCCAAAAAGUGGAGAGAGUUACCGAACACUGCCAAUGUAUCUAGAAAACACAUGAUUUCUGAUUUUGUUUCGUUAAUCUUUUAUUGCCCAGAAGCAAAUGAGUAUGACGAACUUGAAGAAACAGAACGAGCAUUUAAAUCGUUGUGCUCAUAUUGCAAAGAAGAAACAGCUUCUGACAGUAACCACAACUCCAAGCAACGAACCUUGACCUAUCCUGCAAUGAUCAACGCUCCAAAAAUCUUAAAGAGUGCCAUCUUUUGUAUGAUUGAUGGAUUGGAUACUGACAAAGAUCGAGAAUUUAUCAAAACAUUGGUGGGCCACCUGGUUGAAAUGAAUAUUUCAAAUGCAUAUCUAAAGAAACAACCAAUCAUGCCUGGAUCACCUAAACAUUGUAAAAAGAUUCGAAUUUGGCAAAUUCUGUGCAUGCUAGCUCCCUUGAUAGAUUUAGAAAUAUUACAGUCCGUGAAUUUAUUACAUGAAACGAAUGGUUCUGGAAAAGUUUGGGAUUGCCUCUUCUUGGACAAUCCACCUUCAGUUCGAAAAUUACAAGAACUAUUUACAUUGGUGAUGUUAUUGAAAUUCCCUUUAUUGGGGUUCCAUUCUCUUCAUUGUCGUUUGGUAGAGGACAUGAAUGCCAGACAGCAAUAUUUAAGCUCGGUCGUCUCUCUUGUUGGAAAUGUAUUAAUUUAUUCUCCAGAAGACUUGUUGUUGCAAGACUCGACCGUGGAUCCUAAGAAUAAUUGGCUACAUGUGUUAUUGAACGGGCUCUUUGUUUAUUCUACCUCAAAUUUCCACACAGUACGUGUAGUGACACAUAUCAUGCUGAGAAAUAUUAUCUAUCGAAUGGAAGAAAUGAACAACAAGAAAGGACAAGACAUGAUGAAAAAUAAUGACUUGUUGAAACGAGUGUAUUACUUUUUACAUAACUCUCAGAACGUGCAAAAGUGGCUUGGAAAAUACGAAAGUACCAUUGUUGUAGAGCCCGUAAAAACAGCUCAACAAUUAUUUUUGAAUUAUUUCUAUGAAGGCACCAAUUUGGUGAAUGACAAUCCAACAGAAUAUCACCUAAAAACAAUGAUGGAAGAUAUAGAUUUAGUAAUUUAUUCUCUAUUUUACAUAUCCACCAUGGGUUUCACCAAGGAUUUAUUCGACCGAAUGUUCAAACCUCAAUUCGGAGUGAGUACCAUUAAUGCCAUCAUGAACAGUCUCAUUGAUGUGGAAGGAAAUCAGCAAUCGCUCACAACCUCAAUGAUUCCAGUUGGAUCUAUUGAUGAUUUCACAACCAUUUCUGUCUUGUGUCAUGUUGCAAGAACGUUUACCGCUGAAUGGAGAGAACAUGUGAUCCCAUCAAGCCAUAACAAAAAACAUGCCUCGAUUAUUUACAAAGGUCUCGCCAGCGUUUUCGAUUCGUCAAUUAUUGAGAAAUUCCGUGUGAAAUUUGGAUUAACAGAAACGAAUCCAUCCAUGAUGGCAGAUGCACAGAUCGAACAAGAGAAUGAGGAAUCGAAUGAGGAACAACAAAAUUCAGAAGACCUUAAUGAUUCUACACAAUUGAAUUUCCAAAGAAAAAUUACACCAUGGUCGGAAAUGGAAAUUCAAAAUGAAUUGAAUCCAAGAGCUGUCAUUGAAAAAUCUAGAAAACGACAAUCCGUCAUUAUGAUUGCUUCACUUGUGGAUCGAAUUCCAAACUUGGCAGGACUUUCAAGAACGUGUGAAAUCUUCGCAGCAGAAAAACUCAUUCUUCCACAUUUGAACGUUCUCGAAAUGGAUGAAUUUAAAACAAUAUCAGUGAGUGCAGAAUAUUGGAUUCCAGUUGAAGCUUGCCAACCUACAGACCUACCUCAAUAUCUCUUACAAAAGAAACAAGAAGGUUACGCCAUUGUCGGAUUGGAACAAACUUCCACGAGCGUCAUGUUGCCCAAUUUCCAAUUUCCAGAAAAGUGCUGUAUUUUGUUGGGCAAAGAAAGAGAAGGAAUUCCAGCCGAGUUAUUGUCCUUGUUAGAUGUUUGUGUGGAAAUUCCCCAAUUAGGCGUGUUGAGAAGUUUGAAUGUCCAUGUCAGCGCAUCAAUAAUGUUAUACAAGUAUACAGAACAGUUUAUGAAAAACUAG